UCUUUAAUGAUAAACAUAUUAGGGAAUGAUGCAUGUGGGCCGACAUCAUCAAUUUUCAUAUCUACUUUUCAUAAUGCGACCUCUUUGAUGCAAAUGGACAGGGGACGUUUUGUUUUACAGUUUCAUAGAGGCGCCAUUGUUUUCUAUUGCUCUCAAAAACAGCAUAUCAACCUGAAGUUACUCCCAGACUUACAAGUCUGCUCAGGAAUGGAUGGUGUGCUUCACCUCGCUUGCUGAUUCAUAUUUUGAUGAUACUUUCGAGGGAGACAAGGAAGAGAGGUUACAAAAUGAAGACUUUCAUUCUUUUAUAUUUUCUAGGACUAACUUGCAACAAGGUCUCUGCAAAUGGCAACUCAACAAAAGUCUACUAUAUGGUACUGAGGACUGAGGCGUCCAUACCAGACAACCGUAUUGAUGCUAUACUCAAAUCUUUUAAAAUGGACAAUCCUGUGAGUGUUGACACCCUUAACGUUACAACAGAUUGUGUCCCUCUUCAAAACAAAACUCAGUGCAAAUGCACACCAGGGCAUAUCUGGAGUGUUGCAGUGUGUCAGUCUUCACCUAACUGUUGUAAACUAAAAAACUGCACAUUUGAAACCACAGAAACAAAACCAAUGUGCCUCCCUGAAACAAGAGUUACUGUCAUUGGACACCUUAACAUAGCUGGAAGGGUAUAUUUUGAAAGUUACAGCAAUCCAAAUUCUAAUGAAUAUAAAGCCUUGCAUGAUGAAUUACUGCCAAAGCUGAAAGCGGUGUACAGUACAUUGAAUUCAUUUGAUGACAUACGCAUCACCGGGUUCGGUCGUGGUAGUGUCAUCAUCGCUUUUGAAAUGAACCUCAACGACGUUUCAGCUGAUGUCCUUGCAAGCAAAACAGCAGAAUUGGAAAAAAUACUGAAUUCUACGUUCACGCUAGAGACAGCAGGUGUCGUUGAGAUCAUAGUACCAGAAGGCCCGGUAAAAUAUGAUUCUAAUCAGACAAUUCUCUGCCAAGCCAAGGAGGACAUGAAACCAAAUGAAUGGGUUUUGACAAGGAGUGAUGGUAAAACAUUUGACGUAACAACAGGUACUGAUGCUACAGUGAUACCCACUAGUAGGAAGACUGAAAUUCACCUCAGACAGGCAACGGAGAUCUGGGAAGGGCUGUACACGUGUGUCUUCAAUCCAAAAUCAUCCAAUGUGACCAUAGAGCACAAAGCCAGUGCAACACUAAACAUAGCGCUCCUGCCACAAAUUGACAUUAGUAGCACGCCCCAAUUUCCAGACUGUUACAAGAAAUAUAAUCCAAAUGAUAGAAUCUUUGUCAGAGUUCAAUGUGAAAUUAUGAAUAGCACUGAAAACUACAAUGUGACAUGGAAUUACACCAACACUGAAACUCCAUUAAAUGAACAAAAAGAUGUUACCGGUACUGGCAUAAUUUACAGGAUUGAUACGACAGUCAGCUGCAGCAGUUUACAAGAGCCAGCUGUAACAUGUACAUUUAUGAACAUCCUGUCCCAAGAGAAAAAUGCUACUGUCAAUAUCCCUGUUAUCUACAGCAAUUCAAAAUUUUGUCCUGCUGAAGGUGACUGGUCAAACGCAAAGGCUGACUUUACGGCGGUGCUGAAGUGUAAAAAUGGUAUUGGAAAAACCGAGAGACGGUGUUUGAGUGAUGGAGUUUGGGAGGAGGAAAUAUCUAACUGUGUGAAUGUAGAUCUACAUGACAUCCUAAUUGAUUCACAGAACCUUGCAAUAGGACUUGGAUCAGUUGAGAAAAAUUCUGCAAACAUAUUUUCACGUCUGAAAUCUUCCACCGAUAAAUCAGAAUCCAUCAACACUUAUGCUAAUGUGAAUGCUUCGGUGUCCAUUCUCUUCACCAUGAACAACGCAAUCAACGAAUCUCAAAAAAAUUACACACUGAAUAAGGCUCAAUUACAAGAUGCUCUAAUAUCAUCCAGCAAUCUUUUGGAUAGCAGUCUUGAAAAGUCAUGGAUUUUUAAACCUGACCUUGUCAACAGAUCCAUGGCUGAAAGAUAUCUGAUUUCUGUUGAGGGCCUGGUUAAACAGUCAGAUGUCGAGAGUACCACAUACCAACACACAAACAUAGAGUUGAAUGGCUGUAAACCUCAGCCGGAGAAAAAUUGUGUGAACAAAGUUUUCAAUGUCACCGUAACCAUGGGGACUGGCUCCAUGAUGGUUAAAACUAUAGGUUUUAAAUCUCUCAGUAAAUAUCUACCAAAGCUGCAACAAACAGACGCUGAUCCAAACAGCAUCGUGGUGUCCACUUCCAUUGGUCAAGGAUCUGCAGAUAUCUCAAUAGACUUCCAGUUGAUCAGUGAAAGGCCCCGCAACCACAAGAUACAGUGUGUAUAUUGGGAUUUUACAAUAAGCCAGUGGUCUGGUAAAGGUUGUGUAUGGGGUGGUCCUGAUAACGAAAACCAUUGUGAAUGCACCCACUUAUCCUCAUUCACCACCCUCAUGUCAAAGAAACCAGAGAAUCUUCCCUAUAUGACGGAGAUAACCUAUGUGGGCUUGAGCGUCUCAAUUGUCUCACUUCUCUCCUGUCUAGUGAUAGAAUGUCUUGUGUGGAAAUCUGUUGUCAAGUCCAGCGUGUCGUAUUGUCGCCACACAGCCCACAUUAACAUCUGCCUGUGUUUACUGGUAGCUGACUGCAGCUUUCUCGCCUCAGCUUUUCCCGACAUGAUCCCAGAGAAUUGGUGUCAGAUCUUUGUGGUAAUUAAGCAUUUAUGCUACCUGUCCAUGUUCUUCUGGAUGUUGUGCCUGAGUAUCAUGGUUCUCCAUCAGAUGAUAUUUGUGUUCCAUCAGAUGAGCAAGAAGGUUUGCUUGGGACUGUGUUUUUCUGUUGGCUAUUGCUGUCCACUGUUAAUUGUUUUCAUUACAUUUAUCACCUACAACAGUGGCCAGAAGGACUACUACUACACCACCGAGGCUUGUUGGCUGAUUUAUGAAGGUUCUCUAAAGGGCUCGAUCUUUGCGUUCCUUCUGCCUGUUGGCAUUAUUGUAGUAGUCAAUGUGUUCUGCAUGCUAGUAGUUAUCAUAAGGCUCCUGAGACCAAGUCUUGAAGUCAACACUAAGGAUGAAAAAGAAGUGGCCAAAGGUAUCCUAAAAGCGGUUGUCCUCCUAACCCCAAUCUUUGGAGGGACAUGGAUUUUUGGAUUUUUUGUUUUGAUGUUUGACAUCACCAAAGGACCUAUAGCCUACCUGGUGAACUACACCUUCACUCUGUUGAACGCAUUCCAGGGUCUCUUCAUUCUACUCACUGCAUAUUUUGGAGAAAAACCGAUUCGUGUUGCACUACUGAAAUAUUUCAACCUAAAACAGGUACAGUCAGCAGUGAGUGAAAGUUCCAAACUGGCAUCCACGAUGAAGAUGAAAUGAGUUUUUUAUCCAUUUUGACAAUUCUGUUUCUUUUUUUUUUUUUAGAUACGUUGUAUAUCAAUACUGUUUAUUCAUCUUAGUUUACAUCUAAAUUAAACCCCAUACUAAUCAACUGAAAUUCUGACACUGAGAAAGUAUGUGCAAUGUCCUACAUGUAUCAUUUAUUAGAAUUGUGGCCUUAUUUGUCUGUUGUAAUAUAGCCUAUAUAUUAGAUGUUAUGUAGAAUGGAGAAUUACAUAAUAGGAAUUGAUCAUUUGGAAAAUGAAUUGCAUAAUGUGUAACCUACACCUGUUUGUAUCUAUCGUAAGUGUCCAGAACAGUUUUUCAUACUGUAUGGCCAAUGAAAUGUAUGUAAUGUCUGUAUUUUUCGUGGUGUAACAUUUUUUAAAUUGGUUCAGGUAAACUAUAUUAGCUGUUUUCCCAAGAAUGUUUUUGUUAAUGAGGUGUGGUAAUCCCUUGUUUUUCAGUCCUGUUUAGUUCCUAUCUUCUCUGCUCCUCCCAUUCCUUGUCCGUGUCGUCCAAUGGAAAGCUGUUUAACACUGCCAUCUGGCGGUAGGUCCUGCACUCUGGCUCUGCACUGAAAUAUGAUGCAGACAAUCACAUUCAGGAAGUAAUCUACUGCACAUAACACACAUGGGCUUGCAUCCUAAAAGUAACACUACUCCUUACAAAGUGCACUACUUUUGACCAGAGCCAUGGGAAGGGAAUAGGGUUCAAUUUGGGAAUCUACAAUGAUGGCAGGGUUCAAUUUGGGAAUCUACAAUGAUGGCCGUGUCCGAAAUCGGUCUUGCCUACUAGGCUACUGACUAGAACUGCACAUGUGUACUAAUCACACUACAUAGGAUUUAGAACAUACUGUUUAGUAAACAUUUAUGCAGUAAACAACAAAUAUUAACAUAGGCUACUAUACUCACUCACCCUUACUGAGAAUGCGUCAUCUAAUGCGUAAUUGCAUUGCUUCCUGACAUUAGUUCAUUCAUUAGUUAAUUUUGGUUCAGCACGUCCUCUUAUACCGCGUUCAAAACAACUCGGAAAUCUCUGACAACCGACUUCAGUGCAUUCAAGGAAAGACAACUGGAAACUAGAGGGAAAAAAGAACGAGCUCCGUCUGGGAAAGAUCUUUUGAAUGGUCAUCCAACUUGGUAACUCAGGCCUCUUUCUAGAGCUUCAACCUGAAAAUCACAGACCUCAUGAUUUGACCUAGUUUUUUCCCCAUGUUGUAUUGAAAGCAUCAUUACCUCAUCUGAUUAUCAGCUGCAAUAAAUAUUUUUAAAAUCCAUCUGUUAAGCUAGAGAUAUGGUUUUUUUUGUAUGGGCUGUGUCUCAAUCCACGGUAUCCGCCACUUUAAUGUCUAUGAUGCGCCAAUGUCGGCCUUCCGCAUUUGUGGUGGAAGGUAGCAGACCAAGAAACAUCCCGAAAAUGGAUCUUCUCACAAACGACUGUAGCGUUUGGGCUACACACUAAUAUGACCCAACAAGUGUCACGGGACUAAUCUGAUAGUAACCCAGUACAGAGCCGAAAAAUGAAUGGAUGUGAAUAAUGCAUUUCUACUUUUUUUCUUUUAAGCAUACAGGUAAUUCCACACUAAACAUGUUUUUUUAUGCACUCUGUCUGAUAGCGUGUGUGGGUGAGUAGUUUGCUGAUGGCAACAUAGUGAACAGAGUGGCCUAUGGUGGGGUUAUUGUAUGGGCAGUCUUAAACAACGGACAACGAACACAAAUGCAUUUCAUCGAUGGCAAAUUGAAUGCAGAGCUACCGUGACAAGAUCCUGAGGCCCAUUGUUGUGUCAUUCAUCCCCCACCAUCACCUCAUGUUUCAGCAUAAUAAUGCAUAGGCCCAUGUUGCAAGGAUCUGUACACAAUUCCUGGAAGCUGAAAAUGUCCCAUUUCUCUCAUGGUCUGCAUACUCACCAGACAUGUCACUUAUUGAGCAUGUUUUGGAUGCUCUGGAUCGACGUGUACGACAGCGUGUUCCAGUUCCCGCCAAUAUCAGCAACUUCGCACAGCCAUUAAAGAGGAGUGGGACAACAUUUCAUAGGCCACAAUCAACAGCCUGAUCAACUCUAUGCGAAGGAGAUGUGUUGCACUGCAUGAGGCAAUGGGUGGUCACACCAGAUACGGACUGGUUUUCUGAUCCACACCCCUACCUUUUUUUUAAGGUAUCUGUGACCAACAGAUGCAUACUGUAUCUGUAUUCCCAGUCAUGUGAAAUCCAUAGAUUAGGGCUUAAUGACUGUUUUUCAAUGGACUGAUUUCCUUAUGAACUGUUAUCUCAGUAAAAUCUUUCAAAUUGUU